UUUUUUUUAGUAGAACUAAACUUUCCUUGUACGCAAAGGGGCGUUUGGUUUAGCAAUCACAUUAAGCCCAGGAGCAGGACAACAUCAGCCGACGUUUCCCUGAAAUCUGAAGCCAUGACUUCAAAAUCCUCUUCCGUUCCCUACUCUUCUGUACCUUCUCACCCUGUUCCCCAAAACGUCAUCGUUCUAUCCUACUACCGCCCACCUCCCAACCCUUCACUCGUCUUCCUCCGCCGCUGCAUCCUCUUCGCUUCCGCCAUCCUCCUCCUCUCUGCUGCCGUUUUCUUUCUCUACCCCUCCGACCCUACUCUCCAAGUCGCUCGAAUUCGUCUCAAUCACAUCCGUGUCAACUCGUUCCCGAAACUCACUCUCGACCUUUCUUUCUCUAUUGUCAUCAGGGUUCGAAACAGUGACUUCUUCUCUUUGGAGUAUGACUCUCUCGAUGUUUCUGUUGGGUACAGAGGGAGAGAGCUAGGGAUUGUGAAUUCUCAGGGAGGGAAACUUAGGGUGAGAGGAUCGUCGUAUGUGAAUGCCACGCUUGAUUUAAAUGGGCUUCAGAUUAUACACGAUGUGUUUUACUUGAUCGAGGAUUUAGCUAGGGGUGUUAUCCCUCUUGAUACCGAUACCAAGAUUAAUGGAGAGCUUGGGCUCUUGUUUUUCAAAAUUCCUAUCAAGGUUAGUUCUUUCUUCUUUCUUCCUUCUUCUUGUUAUUUUUCCUUUUCUUUUGAUUGUUUGCUUCUUUGCCUUAAAUGCUAUUCGGCUUAAUUAAUUUUUACGCUAGAAGCUGUUGUUUAAUAGUGAAUGUAUGAAUUGUGGACAUCAUUUUGAUUGUCUUUAGAGUUGUUGUAACGGGAAAGAGCAUUGGAAUUUGCAAGCAAAGAUGUAUAAUUUGACGAGAUAAGCAAAAUUGAGUUAGUGUUUUGGUUAUUUUGUCAGAAACGAAGUUUAUUAUGCUAAUUUUGAGUUGAAAGCAGUGAAAUUUGCCCGUAGCAAUAAAUCUUAUUUUGACAGGAACUCUCAUUUAUUUUGAUUGAAACUCAUUUCAUGCUUGGCGUAUGCUGUUAGCCCCUGGAUAGGGAAGAGAGGGGUACCAUUAUUUUAUCAUUAUGGAGAACCUUUGAAACCUUUUAGUUUAAGAAUAGAUAAAAUGUGCUUACCUGUCGCUUAAUUCUCAAAAUGAAGCAGAGAAGGGAGAAUGAUCAAUAAGAAUGACAUGCAUAUGACAGCUUCAUGUGACAUUCUUUUCAGAUUGGAUUUAAUCAAUUCUUGAAGAUGGACUGAUUGAUGGGUAGUUGCACUCAGGAAUACAAUUCAGUGCCUGUGGAGUCUUUUGUGGUCAUCCAAAUCCAAUUCCUGGAGCAAUAGACUGCCAUACUGAUCUCACUCUUACACAUUCUUGCAUAUUUAGAUUCAUAUCAUUUGUGCAUCAAGAUUAUCACAGACCAAAAAGGAAAAUAGAAGUAGAAAAAAAAUGCCUCUAAUCAUUAGGAUAGGAUUUUAUCUCACUUUAAUGGGGUUAAUUUUAUGAGAAUGAUAGAUGAGUAUUGAGUAGUAGACUUGGAAAUUAGAGUAGAAUUUGGAUAUUUUGAGUGUGCCUGGCUUGUAUCAGCUUACCUUAUCACAUAUUCACAUCAAUCUGGCUUGGUUUUGUGAUUGCUUACUCCAUCACCAGAAAUUAAACAAACAAAAACGGAACAAUCGAUGGCAGCAGGAAGAAGAUGGAGAUUUUUAUUCAAAUACCCAAAUGGAUCCAGGCGAUUGCAAGAGAAAACUAUGCCUCACGCACUCCAACAGUAGAUUACUGGCCCCAAGCUUCAUAAUUUUCUCUUCCCUCAAACACUCACACUCUCCUUCUUCUUGUAGCCUUUGCUGAGAUGUUGUUCCACGUGAUAUUGCCUCUCCACUUUCUCCUUCAGGAGGUUAAUAACAGAAUUUUGCCCAGCUGUCCUCCCCACAUGUGCUUCCUCCAGAGAUUUCUUGGGUCUUGUAGAAUAUGACCCACCAGCCCUGAGUUCCUUUUCCUCUGCUUGCAAACCCAGCUAGACCCGUUUUCCUAUCAAUAUGUGCACCAAGAUUAUUACAAAGAGCUAAAAGGAAAAUAGAAGUAGGGAAAAAAAAAUUGCAUUAGGAUAGGAUUUUAUCUCUCUUUAAUGGGGUUAAUUUGAUGAGAAUGAUGGAUGAGUAUUGAGUAGUAGACUUGGAAAUUAGAGUAGAAUCUGUAUGUUUUGAGGUUGCCCGGCUUAUAUCUGCUCACCUUAGCGCAUAUUCACAUUAAUCUGUGCGGUUUAUCCAAUAAGAGAACAAUCCUGGCUGCAGCGAGAGUGUACUUUUGCAUUUAAGCUUUUUUUUUUUUUUUUUUGCAUUGAAUACCUUGAUUAACUUUUUGGGAAUAGUAAUUAGUUGCAAGUAGUAAACUUGUGCCAUCAUUACCAUUGAUUAUUCCAUUCUGUUUUGCUUAUUCUGCAUGCUUGAUGAUAGUUCCCUUGUCUCGGUAAGUCUAAUUUAUGUUCUUGAAAAUAUUUCAGGCAAGAGUGUCAUGUGAAGUGUAUGUGAAUACUGACAACCAGACUAUUGUCCGUCAAAACUGUUAUCCUGAGGUGAGGAACUCUUUCUUAAUGAUAAAUAAGCUGGAUAAGCUGGAGUCACUAAUUUAAGGGAUUCAUGCAAUUACUGCAUAAUUUGCAUGCAUAUUGAUAGUCCCCUCGUUAAUUGAAUUAUUCCUGUUAAGUGUUAAUUUAUGUGAUUUUGAUAUUCUUUAUGCUUUUUGAUUUUGAUACUCUAAUAGCUAAAAUAAGAAGUGGGUCAUAUUCUGGUUUCUGAUUCACUUUUGAGUGGUUUUCAAUAUUUAAUCUGAUUGAACAGAAUAUAUCAUUAUGAUAUGGCUAGACUCCAUAGUUGGCUUUGCUCAUAUAAUAUUAGUCGUCCUAGAUAUAGUACCAUCGUCUAGGCUGUUUUGCUAACCCACAAGCUGGCUUCUGAUAUUUUUCAGUGAUAUGGGGGCCAUCAUCAUUAUCCUUGAGAUUCUGGCAGAAUGUAUAGAAGCGGAAGGACAUAGAGCUGCGUGCUGGGGGUAAAUAUUUUGACGUUUCCAUUAGCCCUUUGAGUAACUAUACUAAUUGUUCCAUCCGUUAAUUGCUUGCCCCAUCUGUGCAAAGGAUUCAUUUACCAAGGAACAACAGUAUCUAUGUAUUUUAACCUAACUUCUUGUAUGAAAGUUACUCAUUUAAAAGUUUGUUGCUUCUGUGUA